UCUGCAGGUGAGACAAGAUGGAGUUUGGAUUCGUGAUAUUUUUGCUCAGCUCUGCUCUUUUCGGGCACAGCUCUGGAUUCACAACACAAUCCACGACGACAGAAAGCUCACUGACAGCAGGUGGAGCUCCAUGUGGUGGAAAUCUGACUCAGUCACGAGGGGAAUUUUUCAGCCCCAAUUAUCCCAAUAAUUAUCCCAAUAAUGCACACUGCACAUGGAGCCUGCUGGCUGGAGAACUGCAGGUGGUUUCGUUAAGCUUCACGUUCGUCGCUUUGGAGUCAGGCUGGGACUUUAUCCGCAUGUACAACGGUCCGACUGCUCAGCAUUCACUUUUGGGUACUGUGAGUGGAAAUCAGAGAGCUACCUUCAACUCCAGCAGCAGAUACAUGACCGUCGUUUUCUCCAGUGACGGCAGCGUGACUCCACAAGGUUUUCGAGCAGAAUGGGCUUUCAUAGAUUACAUUAGCUGCAGGGAUCACUGUGGUUAUAAUGGUACGCUCUGUUCCUGCACCAGCUCUUGUCAGUCCUAUGGAAACUGCUGCAAUGAUUAUUACGAUUAUUGUUUCCCCACCACCACCAACACCACAACAACAACAACACAAGAAUCCACGACGACAGAAAGCUCACUGACAGCAGCCCGUGUGGAUUGCUCCUCUGACUCGAUGAACAUUGCCAUACGUAAAUCCUACCUGGACUCACUGGGAUUCAGCUGGUAUGACCUUUAUCUUGAUGACCAUCGCUGCAGAGCUUCAACUGACAACUACUAUGUCACCUUCAACUUCCCUCUCCAUAGCUGCAGCACCGGGAGAAAGACUGAGAACGGACGUAUUAUCUACACCAAUAAUGUGCGAGCAGCUCAGCCAACGUCGGGUGAGAUCACCCGAAAUGAUACAUCUUUCCUGUUGGUUGUGAGAUGUGUGAUGGCGCGUGAUUCUUCAGUCGAGAUUCUUUAUGAGGCCAAAGAGAUUACAAAUGCAGCUAUCAGUGGAACGGGUCGGUUCAACACUACCAUGGCCUUUUACCCAUCCAGAAGCUUUUACUACCCCAUCACCGAUUUCCCGUACCGAGUGAACCUCAAUCAGCAACUGUACGUGCAGGUGCAGCUAACCCAAGCCGAACCAAACCUCCACCUGUUCAUGGUCUCCUGUGUGGCCUCGCCAAACCACGACUACAGCAGCCACACCUAUGACCUUAUACGCAAUGGCUGUCGGAGAGACAACACGGUAAACAUAUACAGAAAUGGAAAUCGUUACUUCGCUCAGUUCAGCUUCAGCGCAUUCAAGUUCCUGCGCACACACAACCAGGUGUUCCUCAAGUGUGAUGUCAUAAUCUGCCCUGACAAUGACUACAACUCACGAUGUCGCCAAGGAUGCAGUUAUCGCAGGAAACGAAGCACUAGCUCUGAUCACCACACUGAGGUCCUCAUCCUUGGGCCAAUCACACUCAAAGGUCCAGAGGAGGCUGAGGCCAAGACGGAGGACAAGGAGUGAACUCACACUGACUGAUUAAUUAAUCACUUAAAUAUAGUUAACACUGAAUAAAUUUGCUAAUAGAUUGUUGAGCAAUUUCUCUUUCUUAAAUACUCACCUGUUGAUUUUUGGGGGGAGAUUUAAACUGUGUUUUUGACCCAAAUUUAGAACCGUCUAAUCCCCGUAAUCUGAAUCAAUCUGCUAUGUCUAAAACAUUUUCCGAUUUUAUGUGUCAGAACGGUUUUUUGAUCCCUGGAGAUUCUGUAACCCCUCUCUAAAAAAAGUUUUCUUUCUUCUCCCAGGUGUAUCAUUCCUAUUCGAGGAUUGAUUAUUUUUUUUAUAGACAGCACUCUUGAUUCGUGUGUAGUUUCUUCUGAAUAUCUGGGUAUUGUAAUUUCUGAUCACGCGCCUCUACAAUUAGAUAUUCAUCUUUCCAUUUAUAAACGUAUCCCAUCGCCUUGGAGAUUCUCUUCUUUUGGCAGACACAGACACUUCCUACUUAAAUUUUUGUGCCUGUGGUUGGGUUUUAAAAUAUCUAUAUAACCAGCGAUAGUUAUUGGAUAGCCAUG